UUCAAUCACCGGUUGCAAGUCUGUUGAGGAUUGCAAGCCAAGCAAUGAAUGAAUAUUUUGGAGUAUUGAAAGCAAACCAGAUCCCAGGACUCCAAUUCACUUUCGGUCGAGGCACUCGUGUCAGUUUCCAUGUUUCCUUGGAGCUGAAAGUUAAUUUAUAUUUGUCCCCUCUCCUCCACAGUUUAAUAUCAUCCCGAUCUACCAGUCCUCUCUCCUUCAUACGCUGAAUGUGAUCCUCGAUCUCAUUAAAAAUUUCUACCCGAUGUCGUCUUCGUCGGUGCGUUUUGAUGACUGUAUCAACUGUUGCAUCCAACCUUAUACCCAUAUCAAUAAAGCCUCCCCCGCCUGUCAAAUCGAUCAGUCUUCCUGCUGGUGUCCAUACAUCAAACCAGAAAGAGGUUGUUUCACCAUUUUGUACCUCUGUUUUCGAGAAAUCCUUUGCUAUGUUCCUGUAUUUUAACAGUUUCUUCCAUAUCCAAGACCCCAAAGUGGAACUCUCCUUUACUGUCCAGAUAGACCCCUUCCUUAUCAAGUAUCGACUAACCCAUUGGGCCCAAAGAGACGAUGGAGAUGAUGUUAGCUUCCAAAAGAGUUUUAAGCUAGCCACCUUGUUUGCUUCAGCGAUAGAUUUCAGUCCCAAACCACCCUCCUCUUUCGGCAGACUGCAAUCCUUCCAUGCGACCUUUGCCUUCUUUGCGUUAAGCUCUGGACCAGACCACAGAAACGCAGCACAAAGACUGUCUAUUUCCUGAACACAUUUCUUUGGCAAUCGAAAAGCAGAAAUCCAGAAGUUUGUUAAACUAUGGAUUACAGAGCUUAUCAGUUGGACUCUUCCUGCAAAUGAUAAAAAUCUGUUGUUCCAGGAGGCAAUUCGUGAUCUCACUUUCUCAAUAAGUGGGGUAUAAUCUGCCACUGUCAUUUGUUUUGUCAUUAGAGGCAGCCCAAGGUAACGUACCGGCAAGGUGCCCGCAGCAAAGGAAAAGUGUUCGUGAAUAGCUUCUCUUUCCGUCUCAUUAACCCCAGCAAGAUAAAGAGUAGAUUUUUCCAUACUAAUGUUCAAGCCCGAGAAUUCUGCAAAUCGCUGAAAUACCUCAAGCAUUCCUUCUACUGAUCUCUUCUUCCCAUCAGAGAACACAAGGACGUCAUCUGCGAAACACAGGUGUGUAAGUUUCAAGCCUUGGCAGUAGGGAUGGAAUCCAAAUUUCCUAGAGAUGGCCGCAUGAUCCAGCAUCCGAGACAGCACUUGCAUACAUAUUACAAACAAGUAUGGUGAUAAGGAGCAGCCCUGGCGUAGCCCUCUUCUGCUGUUGAAAUAUCCAGCUAAUUCACCAUUUACUUGAACCGAGAAAGAGGCCAAAGAGAUACACUUCUCAAUCCAAGUAAUGAAUUUUAUAGGAAAUCCCAAAGCCUUUAAAGUUCCCAACAGAAAAGGCCAUUGAACUGUAUCAAAUGCCUUGGAUAUAUCAAUCUUCAGAGCGCACCGAGCAGAGACUGAAUCCUUGUGAUAGUUCUUAACCAAUUCUGAUGCUAGAAGGACAUUCUCCAUCAACAAUCUAUCCUUCACAAAAGCUGAUUGAUUCGGGGAAAUGAAUUUCGGUAGAACUUUCUUCAGCCUGUUAGCCAGCAAUUUUGAAAUAAUCUUGUACAAAACAUUGCAGCAAGAUAUAGGUCUAUAAUCUUUGAAUAAAAUGGCCUCGUCCUUUUUAGGUACCAAUGCCAAAAUGGUGGAGUUAACACCCUUCGGCAAGAAACCAUAUUCAAAAAAAGAGGUUACUGCGACCACCACCUCUUUUCCCACUAUUGGCCAUGCUGCUUUGUAGAACUCACAUGUGUAUCCAUCAGGGCCUGGGGAUUUAUUACGUGCCAUCUUGAAUAUCACGUCUUUAAUCUCAUCUGCUGUGACAUCUUUCAUUAACAUGUUCUGGUCCAGCUCCUCACACUCAAAUUCCAGUAUUUCUUUCAAAUUUUCCACUGAGAUACCUUGAUAGUCCGGCACCUGAUACGCUAAAAAGCCAUUGAAAUAACUUACUGCUUCUGCCUUAAUAUCCUCCUGAGUGUCUGCCUUUGAACCAUCUUCCCGUUGUAUCUCUCGAAUUGUAUUCCUGACUUCCCUUGCUUUGGCUGCAUUAUGGAAAUGUAUGUUGUUUCCAUCUCCCACCUCUAACCAAUGAAGUUUAGCCUUUUGACUCAAAACCUUUUCCUCAAUGAUUGAUAGACGAGACCACCGUUCAUAUAACAUAGUUUCUUCAGCUGAGUUGGUCGGAGUUGGCGUAAUCAGAGUCUUUUCUUGGCUAGCGCAUAGCUUAGCAAAAGCCUCUUUUGUACGCCGUGUGAUAUCUCACACAUGUGCUUUACUUAGGCUUCUUAAAACAGGCUUAAGCUCUUUUAGUUUUUUUGAUAACCGAAAGAUGGCAGAGGUGGAGCUGUAAAUCUGAGGAGUAUCAGCCCAAAACCGUUCCACCGUAGGUAGGAAGUCUGGAGAUUCCACCACUGAAUUGACAAACUUAAAAGGGUGUUUUGGCUUCAUAGCUUCAGUAUCAAUCUGUAUUCGACAUCUCAAGUGAUCCGAGCAUCCUCCAGCCUCGAAAACACAAUGAGAUUGUGGAAAAUAUUGCAUCCAUGCAGUGUUCAUCAAGGUUCUAUCAAGCUUCUUACAGAUGAGUUCAGAGUCUCUCUUAUUUGUCCACGUAAAUUUGGGACCAUGAAAACUCAUAUCAAGCAUAGAGCAGUAUUGAAUUACUUCUUGAAACUCUCGCAUUCCUGGAGUUACCAGUGGUGAGCCGGUAUGUCCUGAAUGUUCCUCUAUCUCCAAAGUUUCAUUAAAAUCUCCCAUCACAAUCCAGGGUUUAUUUCUUAUCAUGGGAGAGUCUUGGAGCAGUAUACUAUAUUUAUUUAUUAUUAAAUAGUUAACUUUCUUUUAAAGAUUACUUUUUUCUUUUGUCAAUGUUGAUAUAACCGCAUACAUUAUAUAUUAUCGUUCCAAUGUUGCCAAAUAUAUAAAUACGUUAAUGAUAAGUUUAUUGUAAUGUCCUGAUUAAUGCUUAUACGAAUCGUCGACUAAAAUUUUCAUAUAUCCAUCGUGGGAGAGUUAUAUUUAAUGGUGUGGUAGGUGCUUAAUAUUUCUACGGGAUAGUGAAUUUGUAUAAGUAGCUAUAAUAUACAAAUAAGUUAGUCGAUUAAUAGCAUAUUGAUAGAGCUAAUGGAUGUAUAUUUUUCAAGCUAUAAAACGGUAACAUGUAAAUCCAUUGGUAUUGUAUCACAAUUGCCCAAGUUUUCUUCAUAAUCUUCAACAAAGCAAUACAUUUUAGAAAGUUAAUAAGAAUACUAUAGUCGGGGGUGAAAGGUCAAGUAACCCCUUAUGCCGUCCGUACGGUUAUCUCUAUGAAACUAAAAAUUUCACAUGUUGACCUUUAAUUUUUUUAAGGUCAAAUAAACUUAGUAUAUUCUUCUCAAAUUUCCUUUUAUACACCUAGAGAGGCAUUAAUAUUGGAAGAGAGAACAUGAAUUAAAAAUCCUAAUGCAGUCAAAAGCCCUCUCGAAUAUUAUUGACAUAUUCAGUUUAACUUGUAUCUAUUUUAAAUUCGUAAACUGUUAUUCGUUGUAAUGAUUUUUGCCAAUUCAACGGUAACCAUGUUAGUAAUUUAAAACAAAACUGGAAUUGCAAUUUCUGACAAGUUUUUUUACAUAUCAAGUUUACGUCAUAAUAGCAACUCAAAUUUCGAGGCCGUGGAAUGGGGAUGGAUAUAAUACGCAACAGAGGCGGGACAUUACAAGAAUGUGGGAUGGACGAACUCCAAAUCUGUUGGAAUGUCGAGAAGUUGGAUCCUCCGCAUUCAUAUGGACCUUAUAAUCAUGUUGGUCUCUAGGAUACUCUCAAGUGGAGUUUGAUCGAUGACAAUCAAAUCAUUAAUUGGGUUCUCAAUGAUCAACUUGAGGCAACAUCCCUACAUAUAUGUCCGAUUGAGAACUGGUCACGGAUGUUUACGUCUAUUAUAAUUAGAUUUCUAUACAUCACACAACCAAUGUUCCGAUACUUUAGCUAGGAAUUCUCUACAAACACCAGUACUGUGUGGUUCUUAUUUCACUGUUGUCUUAGUAUUCUUAAGGAGCCUGUAAUUAUCGAAAACUAAUCCUUAAUGAAAUCAAAGUUUAGUUGGCAGCAUACAAUAUAGAAACUCAAAACGUAUAUUAGGAAUAAGUAUUGUGGAAAAUCACUAGUUAGAGCAUGUACAACGGUAGAUUAUAGAGAGUCCUUAGCUAUAAUCCUUAGCGCUUUUUGAUUAAAAAAUCAUUAAAAAAGAAGGACAAACUUAAGGAUGAUCCUUCAUUAAGGAUUAGAAAGAGGGAAUCCUUAAUGCGCUGGCGCUAUCUCAUUGGUUCGGUUUAGGGGUGUCUCUCGUUAGGAAAAAAAAAAACACGCGACCCAACCUCAUUCUAUCUCGUAGCCGAAAAAAAGAGAAGAGAGAGAGAGAGAGGCGAUAGAGAGGCGACAGAGAGGCGAUUCGCGAGCGUGAGUUUUGAAGGUAAAAUCCGAGCUUUCUCUUUUGUUUUUUGCCUUAUCGAGUUGAUGCAUGUUGAUUGCAUAAUGUAUAAGGGUUCGAUUGUGGUGUUUUUUAGAAAUUAGGGUUUCAAAUCGGAUUGGGGAUUUAAAUCGAUUUAGGGGUUUCGUCUGCGUUUGUUUUUUUUAGAAUUUUUGUCACUGUUGUUUGUUGUUAUAUUCUCGAUUAGGGGUUUGGGAUUGAGUUCACAAUCGAUCUAGGGGUUUGGUUCUUGAUUUGAGAAUCGUCUGGUUUUAGAAACGGUUAUAUGUUUGCAAUGUUUACAAUGAAUUUAAUCAACAUUUUUUUUCCUUCUUGCAGGUUCUGAAAUGGAUGAAGAACAGCGAGAUAUGAAAGCCCGCAAAGCAUACUAUCAGAGGGUUGAUUUCGUUUUCAAUUCGCUGCAGGGGAUUCCCCAACUGUGCCCCUGUGGAUCAAUCACGAAGGAAAUUGUAGAUGAAGAGGAUACAUAUGACUACCUCCCUAGGAAAAGAUACUUCAUCUGCAAAGACUUCGAGAAUGACGGUCUGCAUUACAGGCAACCAUGGGUUGUAGGUGUGCAAGAAGAGGUUGAGAGGCUCAAACUGAAAGUUCUCCGCCAUGAGAACCUUCUUACAGAGUGUGAGGAACUUAAGGUGAGUUCAUAUUUUUUUCAAUAUCAUAAAUUUGGUGUUUGUACUAUCUUUCUAACCCACGUGUUUUGGUUUGGCUUAUGUCUGUUCAGUCACAGGUUAAAAUGUUGGUAAAGCGGGUUGUUUGUACUACAUUUCUAAACCAUUGUUUGGUUUACCUGUUCUCUGUACAGGCACAGGUUGCAAUGCUGGUAAAGCGGGUGACAGAACUUGAGUUACUGCACUGAGGUUAGUCUAACUGAACUUUAUUAGUUACUAUAUAACUCGCUAGUUACUAGUUUUAGUUGUUUGAAUAGAAACGGAUAGGACAGGCACCUGUUUAGUUUGAAAUCUGUACACUUUGCGUUAAUGAACUUGUAGAGUGUGUAGUUAUAAAUGCUUAGCUUAACGACCAUUAAAUUUUCUAUAGCUGUUGUGAUAGGACAGUUUUCUACUUGUAUUGAAUGUAGAAUCCCUUAUUUAAUCUUACUAGUUUCUAGUAGAGAAUCACACAGUUUUAUUCAUACUCUUUACAAACUCCUAAAUGGAAAGCUCCUCUAGUUUUGUUAACCUGUUAACGAGUCAAGGGUCAGUUGACCUUGACUCAUUAGAAACUCCGGCGUUUAGUACCCAAUCUCCGCAAGAGGCAAGUGUGAAAGAAAGGAGAAAGUGGACUGUCAAGGACGAUUUAGUCCUCAUUGGGGCUUGGCUCAACACCAGCAAAGAUUCAAUUGUCAGUAACGAACAGAAAGGGGCUGCCUUCUGGAAGAGGAUUGUAGAGUAUUACAACUCCAGUCCUCUCCUCGUUGGGAUGGUGCCUAGAGAACUAGGGCAAUGCAAGCAAAGAUGGGCCAGGAUCAAUGAUCUGGUCUGUAAGUUUGCUGGCUGCUACGACACGGCCUUGAGGGAACAGAGAAGCGGGCAAAACGACAAUGACGUGAUGAAGGCUGCGUUGGAUAUCUUCAACAGUGACCACAACAUGAAGUUCAACUUAGAACAUGCGUGGAGGGAGCUUAGGCACGAUGUGAAAUGGUGUUCUACGUAUAUGGAGAAGGACAAGGAUAAGCGCAAGGCAACUCCAGUGCCAGAGCCAGAAGAAAGACCGGUGGGGGUUAAGGCUGCUAAGGCUGCGGGUAAGAGGCACAAAACUGGAAAAGAUGAAGAGUUAAGCAAGCUAGAAGGACUUAUGGAGCUGAAAAAGCAAAUCUCAAAGCAAAGUUUGCUAGAGAGUUUGCUAACCAAACCAGAGUAUAUGCGAAGACCCACUCCAGAGGAUCUUCAACGACUGCUCGAUAUUGGAGAGAUUCGCGGCUUUCCGGGAAUGAUAGGAAGCAUCGAUUGUAUGCAUUGGGAGUGGAAAAAUUGCCCAACCGCUUGGAAAGGACAGUACACCCGUGGAUCAGGAAAGCCAACAAUUGUCUUGGAAGCUGUAGCUUCCCAAGAUCUUUGGAUUUGGCACGCUUUUUUUGGUCCUCCAGGUACCUUAAACGAUAUUAACGUCCUCGAUCGAUCUCCUGUUUUUGAUGACAUUUUACAAGGUCGAGCUCCAAGGGUACAAUACCUGGUAAACGGGCACCAAUAUGGUUUGCCUUACUACCUCACAGACGGCAUAUAUCCAAGAUGGUCAACAUUUAUCCAAUCUAUCUCAAACCCUCAAAGUCCUGAAGCACAGUUAUUUGCUAAAGUUCAGGAGUCCACCCGAAAAGAUGUGGAGCGUGCUUUCGGAGUAUUGCAAGCUCGAUUUGCAAUAGUUAAAAACCCGGCUAUUUUGUGGGACAAGACCCAAAUAGGGAUGGUUAUGCGAACAUGUAUCAUACUGCACAAUAUGAUAGUGGAAAAUGAACGCAAUGGAUACAGCGGGUGUGAUAUAUCAGAGUUUGAAGAAGGAGACUCGAGUAGAAGUUCAGAGGUGGAUAUGUCAUAUACUCGCAGGCCUUCAAAUCUCCGAACUAUGCUUGAAAUACGUACUCAAGUUCGUGACCCACAUACGCAUGAACAAUUGAAAUUUGAUUUGAUCCAAAAUAUUUGGAACAAGUUUGGUAAUGAUGAAAAUGUUUAAUUGUUGUAUGUUUCUAUUUUCUCAUUCAAUAAAUAAAAAUUUUAAAUUUUU